UGUUUGAUUUGACAUGUAUAUCUCAUUUUUUGUUCAUUAGUGACAUAUAAUUGAAUGAUUUAACAUUUAUGUUUAUUGGGAAAAAAAAAAGUAUUACUUGUGUUCCACAUUCAUACUGUAUGUAUAUUUUAUUUCUAAGUUUAAUAAUUUGAAAUACUUUCAACAGUAUGUUUUUCAGUUUUAUUUUUGUCUUUGUAUGCAUACAUUAAAAACUAGCUGUAACAAAAGAAGAACAGUACUGUAAUUUGUCAAAUAUGCACCAUUUUGGGUAUAGAUCCAGCACUGAUUUUUUUAGCAUUGUCUGCAUUAAUUUUGGUUAUGUAGUAUGUUCAGUGUUUUUUACACAAUUACAUGACAUAUUGAUAGCUCUAGAAAAGUAGUGUAUGUUUUAUGUUUUCUUCCACUAGUUUUUCCAAAAUGAAACCAUUGUUAUUCAUUAGCAAACUUGAGAUGCAGAUGCAAACCACUGUAACAGCAGCUGGUUGUCAUCACUGUUGGUUGCAUGAAGUGGUGUUUGUCUAAAUGGAAUAUAGAAAAAUGCUUUGAAUUAAUUGAAGUACACUUAGAAUAGCUAAAAUACAUACCUAUGUGUGUUAUAAACAACAUAAUUUGAAAGUGUUGUCCAUACAGAGCGGGGCCAGUUAUUUAAAAUAUUUGUAAAUGUUAAACGUCUGCUAAUAUUUCCAUCUCACUCAUUCUUUUGGCCCCUCGUAGAGAUAGUGAAUAUGUAAAAUUUUGUAUUAAAUAUCAACCAUUGAUGAUCAUUAAACUUAUGUAACAGAUGUGAAAUCUUCUAAAAUAAUAAUAGUUACUAUGUAUUAUUUUAGGGUUGGUAAACAAUUUACUAUUCAAGUGGUAAGUUUAACUCCCAAAAAAAAAGUGGUAUGGUCAUAGGUGCAAUUUCUCCCAAAAAUAAAAAGAAACUGUUAACUUUCACCUCGAGAAACUAACAUAUUUAUAAAUUACAUUACACUGGUGUCACUCUUCAAUACAAUGAAAAUUUUAAAACCAUCACUAUACACAAAAAAAAAAAUUAAAGUUUAAAGUUUUGAGUUAUAGACUUACUAAUUGUCUCUUCAAAUUGCUGCUCCACACACAUAUUGGAACCAUUUAAUUUAUGAUGUAACUUAACAAAUAGUAACAAAAAAAUGUGAGGUACGUAAUUCACUGUUUGUUCAGUUUUUAAGCUCAUUAUCCUACAAUAUGGCCUAACUUUAGCAUGACAAUUUAUAAGUUUGUAACACGAGCAUAUAUUAAAAACUAAGUUACUGUCUACACUCAAAAUAAUCACAAUGUAUCCAUAUGACUUUACUUUUACUUCUCCAGUAGAGCUUCUUUCAUUUUUGUUGUUGCAGAUUUGGCCCUCUUCAAUGUUUGUGAAUUAAAACUGUGUUCAAAACAAGAUCCAUGUUGUGAUGAUUUAAUGGUCAGUAGUUUCCCUAAAGUUUCAUUACUAAGGGAUGAUCGAAACUGAGUUUUGGUUUUUGUGACCAUACUGAACUCUCUCUCGCAUUCUGCGUUGCUAUGGGGAAUUAUCAGUAUACCCAACAUUACUUUAGCAAGUUUGUCAUAUUUACGAAUUCCAUCUGCAGACACAAUUUCACCAACCAAAUACCAUUUGGUAUCAAUCCUUUCCUCCUGCUCAAUUUCUGGUUAGUUUUUGUAACUGAAAUCUACAAAACUGAGACUGAAAUAUGUCCAUUUCUCUAGGCAAAUCAUCUGCACUAACACCCAACAUUUUUGGAAAUCGUUCCACAAAAAAUUUAACACUUGAGAAAGAUGCUGUGCUAAUUGAGGAGAUGUUUGCUACCUCGGCAUGCAUCAAAACAUUACUUUUCAAAGGGAACUUGUGUAUCAUAUAGUCACAUGUUGUAGACUAAAACUUUCUAACAGAAGUGAAGAAUACCUCCUUAUCCUCAUGCUUCAGAGAAUCUAGCUACGUGGUAGUAGCACUACCAAUGACUAUGUCCGAGUCCUGUUUCUGAUUUCCUUCUCUGUGAUAGUCAAUUUCCAGCAAUGAAGGUGAUGAAAGGACAACUGAUGGCUUGACAAAUUUGGACAUAAAAUUUUGCAGCAUGUCAAGUAAAAUAGACCUCAAUAAAUGGAUAUGAGGUGUACUUGAUUGGAGAACUAUGUUUGGAGUUUCAAAUACUGGCAAAGUACUUGACACAAAUAAGCAAAAUGCCUUGUUUACAUCAGAUGACAAAAACAUAAACAAUCUUUCUUCACGUGAUAGACAAUUUGCAAAACUGUCUCCAUGUUUUGACUUCUUCUGAUUACUUGAGUGUAUACUUUGUGAUUCAGAACUUCUCUUUUUCAGAACAGGAUUAACCAAUUUACUUUGACCUCAUUUUUAGCUUGAAACAGACCUGGAACCAGAACUUUGACCGUGGUCUUUGCUAAAAGCAGACCUGGAACCCCCAUCCUUGCAAGUGAGAAAAUAAUUUUUUGGGCUGUUUGUGAGCUUCAGUUUCGGAAUUGUGAACGUAUCUAAAGUACUUCCAGAAGACUUCUUAGAAUUAACUUCAGUCAUGAACAGACUUGUGAGUGGUUGCCACUGCUGCAAUAAUCUUACCAGACACCUCCCUAAUGAAAGCCAGCGCGUGCAAAUGUAUUUGAGAACUUAUCUAGUUUCUGUGUUAUGCAACUGCUUAAAUUCAUGUAACUUUUCCUUUCGCUUCACACUUUUUUCAAGAUAGUAAUAUAUAUCAACUAAGUACUCGUCAAUGUUAACUGGAAGGCAUGCAGCUCCUUUCUCUGCUGACAAAUUUAUUAAAUGACAUGGACACCCUAUCACUACCAAAUUUUCUAUUUCUGUUGUUAGAACAGCUGCCACUCCACUCUUCUGCCCUAUCAUAACCGGCGCAUUGUCCGUACUCAAAGCUACACAAUUUUACGAUGAAAUUUCACAUGAUUUCAUUUCAGAUAGCAAAAGAUUGCCAAUAUUGUGUCCAGUAGAGUCACCUACUAAAGAAGGUGCACCCAGCAAGCAACUUUCUACUUUGUGUGUUUCAUUAUUAUAGAACGUCACUACAAUAGGAUAUAACUUUGAGUCACUUUGAUUACAACCAUCUGUAGCAAUAGAAAAUGUAGUAUUUUUCAAAGCCACAACAAGUUUUUCCUUUUCCAAGUCACCCAGUUCAUUAACAAUUGACGCCAUUUUUGUUCUGGCUCAGCCAUACUGCUUCGCUAUACUGCUGUCUGGGAACAUUUUCCUGAAUAAAGGUCCCGCAUGAUCGGCACAAUUAAAAGGUAGGUUAUGUUCUGUAAUAAAUGUAGUGAAUAGACAUUCAGCACGAGUCACACUUUCACUACCUGUAUCUUUAACAAAAAAGUCUAACUUACGGUUUGUCUGCACACAUUCACUGUCAUCUAUGUGUUUUUUAGUACGCACGUGCUAAGAGACAUCGCACUUCCCGCCAUGAGAGACAGUGAAAUCACACCUGCACACGAUACAAAACGCAUACUUAGCUCCUAACCUCGACUCGAUUAUCAUUAGAAAUUCCAAUGAAUAAUCAUUCUUGAAUUGGUAUUUCUUCGACAUUAUAACUUUAUAUUCUUUCGAUCACAAAUAAAUAAUGUGUUAUGAACAGUAACCAUUUUACUACACGCACAGAAAGCAGGUGAUAACUACCAAAGUUGUAGACAAAAAUGUUUCCCAAACCCCGAAUUGUCGUUUAUUUGAGAAUAUUACGGUACAGUAACAACAAACACAAUUUUAUUCUCGUUCAAAGUACAAUAAUAUAGUACAUAAUACUAGUGUUAAUCGAUAUUUAUGGCAUGGUCACGCAGCGCUGACAUUGACCGCCGAGCAACGAACUACUAUCGAUAGUAUAAUUGUUCGAUCACGAGUCAACCAACGUCAAAAUCGGGAGAAUGAUGCAUCAAAUUGUGAAGGCGGGAGAUUACAUAAAAAAUCUGGAGUCUCCCGCCUAAAUCGGGAGAGGUGGGAGGUCUGUGUGUUCAACCCUCGGAACUUAUUUUGUGAUUUAGCUAAACAAUAUUAUUUAAUUGUUUCCAAUAGAUGAUAGAAAUUUUGUAAUAAUUCCACUAUUUUAUUUGUCACAAAAAUAGGUGAGUGCCACUUUGGAUAUUUAUUUUACAUAUUGUUGUGACAGGCUAUUGGUUUGGAUGUGUUGAGUGGAAGACCAUGUGCACAAAUGUCCUGUUCUACUGCAAGCAAUAUAAUACUCUACCACAUGUGCAAAAAAAAUAUGGUGGAGUGAGAAAAUUCUUAGCAAACUAGUAUACUCUGUGAUAUCUGAAGCAAUUCCAGCCUGUAUAUUCAUUCACAGCAUAUGUUACACUAUGUUAUUUUCCUUGGAAAGUAAUUUGAGCCUUAUAUGUUGUCUAUGGAAUUGUAUGGUUCUUCCCAUACCCACAAAUUACUCAAAAUUUUGUGUGUAGGUUGGUUUGGGCAUAGAGUAAAAAAAAAAACUCCCUCCCCAUGCCAUGCCAUGCCAGUGCACUGACCUUGGAGAAACAGGAGGUUGUGCGGAUAAUGCCUCGGCCAGUUCAGGGAUGCUCUGGGUGAUUGAGAGCUCCGAGAACGACGCGACUGUUCUCCAAGGGCACCCUAAGCAUCAAGCUAGGACCUCAUCUGGCCAACUGCUAGAAUCUGUGGAUUUUCUUUUUAAUUUUGUAAAUUGUCAUGAAUUUCGUCUCUUUUAUUAAUUUAAAUUCUUACCUGUAUUUCUCAUCAAACCAUUACUUACCACACUCAGGUGGUAAAAUUCAUCUUAGUUCACUCAUUUGAAAAUCUAAUUUUUUUUUUACUUCCAAAAUUGGUUACAAAAUAUCUGAGUUACUCAUUCUUGAACGUGCUGAAGAUAAAUGCAAUGCAUUUAAGGUAUGUCAUGAUUAUUCUUAAAUAUUUCUGCAAGUUUGGCAGAUGCUUUAUUUUUCUUCUUCAACAUCAUAGUUGAGAGAUUUUUUGGGCCAAAACUGUGGAGAACCUGAAUAUCUCAAUACAUCUUUGGUAUUGAUUUAUAUUAAGUUUACAAACAUUUUUUAAAUUACAGCUAGAAAAAAGAUCCAACUCCAAAUCUUUAUGUUAGCAGAACUACCAACGAUUAAAUUUUAAAUAUAUUACUGUUUACAAUAUGAUUAAACAGUUAACAGAGUGGAUUUCUUACCAUGUUAGCUCCAGCGAUUUAGGUUAGUAUAGAAAAUGUAAGAACAAUUCUCUCGCUUGCUACGGAAGGUAAAUUAUCCUUUCCCUUUUAUUUAACCAUCAUUCGCCUUAACAUACAAGUAAUAUAACAGCAUAAUUCACUAUAAGAUAUUUUCUCAACAGUCACAACUUUGUCAGUGCUAAUGGACUCACCUACGAUGUCUGAGCUAGUGAGCACCUCCAAAAUGGUCGUGGCACCAGAACUCAGACCAGAAAGUCGCUGCUGGCCACCACUUUGUAUUUACAAUUUUAUAUAAUGUAUUUUUGCAGAAUUUAGCUAUUUAUUUCAGAAUUUAGGCAUGGGAAAGCUUACAGUUGGGGUAUAGUACAAUGGCAAGUAUAAUUGACCAUCCAAACUAUGAUCCAGCUCCUCGAACUAUACUUCAAAAGGUGAUCUUAGCUGUGGACAGCCGAAACCAGGACCUUCACACUGCCAGAACCCGCCGCCCUCCCCCCUUGGUCGGAAGUGAAGUACUGAUGAAAAAGAAAGAUGAUAAGCCUUCCUCACCUCUGCCCUCGACCAAACCAUAUUGGCUGUGAGUUGGAGUGAGAGCAAGAUAGGACUUUUGAGCUUCUGCUUAUUCCUCAUAGAUGGUAGGCCACAGAGUGAGCACCAUCUACACCCAUUCCAUGCAAAAUACAUCCCUCCACUGACACGCUGGAAUUAAGCUCCUGAUCUCACUACACAAUAACAGUGACCUACAGAGGCAUCUAGACUCUUUUGUGAUUAACUGAUACAAAUUUAAUUGUUUUCGGAGCUGUAAUAGUUUUUUACCAUGCACCAAUCGCCUUUAGUAUUAUUACAGGGUAAUUUUGUACGUAUAACCAUGUUUCAAGUAACUGCAGCAUAUCACUGAAUGACAACUCCUCUUUGUGACCUACGUAGUGAGAAUGCUAAGGCUCAACAGCCCAAACUAUACACAAGCUUCACAGACUUUAACAUGCAUAAUGUAACUUAGUCGUAAUUACAUGACAUAUACAUGCCGCAGUGAGUAAAUAUUCCUAGAUCGGGACAGUGUGAAUGCUGUUUCAUUUAUAAAAAAAAUCCUACCAGAAAAGUCAAAUUUCAUUUACUCGUCGCUAAUAGCGACCUGUGGCCUAUUUCAUAAAACUACAAGUCUACAAGUUACAAGUAAUUUUGCUAGUAACUUGUAAAAACUUUGAUAAUGUUGUUUCAUAAAGCUACAAGUAAAUACUUGUAGUUACAAGUGAAAUGCUACAAGUUACAAGUUAAUUUUACAAGUAAAUAAAUGUUUUUGUUUCAUAAACAAACUUGUAGCUAGCAAGCAUUUGUAACUUGUAAGAAAUUGCUACCAGUGUCAAUACAUAGGUAGAAUAUUGUGUAAGUCCAAUUAUAUUAGUUGUAAAUCAUUAAUAAGUCUAUGCUUGUGUAUAGAAUGAUAUUAUAACAUCUUAGAAUACAAUGGAUAUUAUUAUAUUUACCGAUUCUGAUGAAGAUGAUAUAGAUAUUGAGGUGAUGAGGCGACCACUUAAUUUUAGAGAGAGAGUGAACAUGGGACUUGGCACGGUAUUUGAGUAUAACGAAAUGUUCCGCAUGAGUGAUGUUAAACUGGAGGAGCUAGUACAAGAUAUAGGUCAUAUAUUGUAUCACCCUACACGAAGAAAUAAAUUGUUAUCUGCAAGGGAACAAAUAUUUGUCUCUCUACAUUUGUUGGGAAAUGGCGGACAGUACCAUGCAGUUGGAGAUAUGCGUGGUAUUUCCAAAGCAACAGUACACAGAUGUAUCAAAACAUUUGUAAAUGCUGUCAAUGAAAUCAUUUUUAUCAGCAUACACUUCGCAACUAUAACCUACAAAUUCGUUACAUAAUCAAAACACGAACAAUAAACAGCUGACUCGUAAACUUGUAGGUAUGUGUUACAAGUGCACCAACUUCUACAAGUCAAGCAACUUUCUUUGUGAAACACUUCAGAUUCACACUUGUAAGAAAUUCCCUUGUAACUUGUAACUAGUAACUUGUAGACUUGUAGUUUUAUGAAAUAGGCCACUGGAGGUCUGACACCCUGGGAUAUGCUUGUCUGGUGACGCAUUACAGUGUCAACUGCCAUGUGGCAACUCACACCCUGAAGACACGUCUAGUCUCUACACUCCGUGAGUUGGUGCACAGGUAACGACACUUAAAUGGGGCGUCAAAUGAUUUUCAACCUUAACAAUAUCCUAUUAGACAUCUCGGUUUUGAGAGGCCAAGCAUUGAACUUGUCCAUAUUCAAGUAUACCACAAGGGCAAGUGAAGUACAUAUGUGAGGUCUUAAGUACCCUACUGCAUACUUGAAUUCAGACACUGCCUCAAGUACACAGUUGUGUACUUGUGUAGGUACUUCAUUUGCCCUUGUGGAGUACUCUACGAAUCCGGAUGGAUUUAAUAUAUGGCCUCUUAAACAGUAUUAGCCAAAAUGGUUGCUUAUGUGUGUGUGUGUGUGUGUGUAUAUAUAUAUAUAUGUGUGUGUGUGUGUGUGUGUGUGUGUGUGUGUGUGUACAUUUCCCAACAAAACAGUUUUAUUGGAAAAAACAGUGUUGGUAAAAGUUCCGUAUGACUUAUCCAAGUUGAUCCCUUGAUCCUGAAGGUCAUUACUUGCACAACUUUUAGUUCGGACAGCCCUUCUGAUGUCACUUCCGGAUACAAGUAAUUAUAAGUAAAAUAUUGAUGUACUUCUAGAAAAAUCGGACACCAUAGUGAAUUUAUGUCACUCUGGAGAUAUUUUGUUAUAGUAGGUACAGGGAAAUGUACGUAAAACUGUGUUUACAUUUUGUUUAAACGCCGAUUAUCAACAAAAAAUGUUAAUUUUUUAUGGCAGUUUUAUUUCCAUUGAAGUAAAUUAGAAGAUACAUUUUAUACCUAUAAUUAGUUUAAUUGCCUUUUUUUUUUUCUGUCUCCCACUGACCUAGGUUUGAAAUGGACGAAAGCUACAAGAGCUUUUAAUUUUGUCCAUUUUUUUUUUAAAUAUAGCUCAGAGUUUUUGUUUCUAUUUUUUUUUAAAUAUAUUUAUAACUCAAGAUUGGCUAAAAUAAAGUUAAAAAUUUGUAGCAAUGACUCCACUUAAUUGUUGUAUGCCAUGAUUGUGGUGAAUGCCACUCGUCAAAGAGAACAUGCAUAAUAGAAUUGUUCAAAUGUUUAAACUGCCUGUAAUAUCAAAAUACUGCACUGGAAAAUAAUAAAGUGGUUGUUGUAGGUACAGAAAAAAAAAUUAUUUCUGUGGUUAAUUCAACUUCCUCUGAAAAAACAAUUACUUUCAAAAAUCAAGGUUAGAAAAUUAAUAAUCUGUCCUGUGAUGUAAAAAAUUAUAAAAAAAUGUUUCAUUUCACAAAGCUUUAAUGAUUAAAUUUUUUAAGUUUUCGAAAAUUCAACAGUUUCUUUUGGUAGUUUUAAUUGCAAUUGUGCCACCCUGCUUCACUGAACUUAGACAACACACACUAUAAUUCUCUACACGCUGCUUGUUAUCCCUGUUUAAAGUAAUGGUAUUUUCCUAGAGAAGGUGCUCUACUAAGAACAUUUUUUCUGUGAAUAUAUUUUGAGAAACACUUCUAAUGGAGAACAUUAAGUAUUUUAAAUGUUGCUAAGCUAACCAUUCGUUCACACAAAGUUAGUGUUUGAAAUUAAACUACGUAAUCCGUCCAGCCAUUCACACAAUUUAACAUUAUUUUUAAUGUAACCAUAACAAACCAAACCUAACAAAUCUUUCAAAUUACUUUAGAGUAUUUUACAAGUAGCUUACCUAAUGUAACUCAACAUACUAUUUCAGUGCUAAAAUAGCAAUAAAAUACUUUAAAUAUCUCAAUGACAAUUUACAAAAUCAAAUAUAAUAACAGUAACUCAAGAAUACAGUUAUAAGAAUUUUAUGUAAAUUUCUUAAGAGAUUCAACUUUAGAAAUUUGCUCAACCACUCAUUCACAAAGCAAAACCUACGCUGUAGUAUUAACAUUAAUACUUUUAAAUUUACAUUUCCCCAAAUUUUUGUUAAUGCUAUCAAGAGACAAUUAUAGAAGCUUCCAAAACUGAAAAUAUUUGUUUUACAUUUUAAACCAAAACGGACACAUUUAUAUAUUCAUUGGUCAAUAUAAGAUAAUUGGUGGCUAAAUAAAACGUAAACAUCAGUACUAAUAAUUCGGUAAAUAUGUAGAGUAACGGUAUAUGCGGAAAAAAAAUGCUAAAAAUCCGAAAAUACUUUUGUUAUAUGCUCUUUCACUUCCUCUUUUCAAAACAAUCGGCGGAGAUAAGAAAUUCCAAAUACUUUGGGAGAUAUCAAAUUUUUUAAUUUUCAUAUUUCAGCGAUAUUUGUUAAAAAAAAAAAAAUUGAAAAUUCCGAAAAUAAUUUUAUUCUAUGCUCUUUAACUUCCUCUUUUCAUUAAACCUGGCGGAGAUAAGAAAAUCCAAAUACUUUAGGAGAUAUCGAAUUUUUAAAUUUUCAUCACAAUACCUGUCCAUUCAGGCGGCCACCAUUGUUUCUUGUUUAGGAGAUGAGUAUGAAUUUUUUAUUUUUUCGCGACAUAGGUGAACGACUAUAUUGUUGCUUGUUUAGGAGUAUCUAUUAAAAUCUGAAAAUACUUUUAUUAUAGUUAUGUUAUGUUAGGUUAGCUACAUUAAAACACUUUAAAACACUAUGGACGGUUAGUUAGGUUAGUACAGCUACAUUAAAAUAAACAGAGAAAUAUAAAUAUUCAUAAAUAAACCCGAGGUUGGCCGAAGGUAAAUUGUUCGGGUGUAAUCGGUAAUGGCAGAACUUUAUGUGCAUCUUGAUUUACCGUUCGUGAAUGCCUAAUUAAUUAAAAUGGUCGAUUAUGUCAGGUCAGUUACAUUAUUAAUACUUUCAAACUAAGCAGACAUUAAAAAUAAUUUAAAUUAAUUUUAAUGGUUGUUUAGUUUUAAAGUAUUUAUAAAGUAGCUGACCGGACCUAACAAACCGGGACAAAGGAUGAAUGGUAGAAACCAACGACCUAGAGAUAUAUAGACUGCUAGUGGGAGGCCAUCUUUGAUUCCAAUUGAAUUUGACAGAAUGGUGGGCAAACAGUGCUUUGUUAGCAGACGACGUACGUUGACAGCAGAAAAGUGGCAGUGUACUAAGUUAAUUAUUUAAUUGCAUUGAAUCUGAAAUAUCAACAGUAAAGACACAACUAAAACUCGUAAUGAACGAAUACGACUACAAUAAUAACAAACCCACACAAAUCAUUUAAAAGUGGUCAUUAUUCCAUUGCAGUCGAUUAUUUUAAAUUAAUAGUAGGUACUUAGUAAUGAGAUAAAUUCCAUGUAAUGUAUCAAAUUACCUAUACGAAAUACAUAUAUAAUAGGUUCAAUAACUGAUCUACUUAUUGAUCACAAACUUUGGGUCGAAGAGGGGUUAGCUAUUUUAUAGCGCAUUUAAUGUCGUACCUACACGUCGCAUUACGAUGAAACUGUAUUUAAAAUUAUAUUUCACUCGUUCCAUAUUUAAUUAUUACCCUCAAAAACUGUAAAAUUGCGAAAAACCUACAUUUUUAGGGAAUUUACUAGCAACUUGCAUCUUUCUCCCAUAAGAACCAAUGCUUUUACAGCUAUGUUUUGCCCACCAUUCUGUCAAAUCAGCUCUCUGUCUCUCUCGCUCGGAUGUAGUUCCCCAGUAUGCCGUCGACAGCAGCAAUUGGCGCUGAAAGCAGGGUGAUAAGCAGUCUAUAUAUCUCUAGGUCGUUGGUAGAAACUCACGUAAUUUUUUUUUUACUUAUUACUUGCGCAACAAAUAAAACAUUAAAAUUUGAAACGUUAAAAACUCACCUACGUUAAAGGCGGGUACAAUUCCUUUGCCAUUAGUAGAAAAUGAUGUAGUCGUUCUACCUACGUCGCGAAAAUAAAAAAAUCAUAAUCGUAAACAAGCAACAAUGCUCAUCGCCGCAUGAAUGCACAGGUAUUGUGAUGGAAAAUAAAAAUUCGAUAUCUCCUAAAGUAUUUGGAAUUUCUUAUAUCCACCGGGUUUAUUGAAAUGAGGAAGUGAAAGAGCAUAGAAUAAGAGUAUUUUCGGAUUUUUAGCAUUUUUUUUCUCGCAUAUACCGCAACUCUACAUAUUUACCAAUAAUUCAUUUGAACUUGCAUCAUCUAUUGCUACAUAAAAAUUUGUAAAAGGUAUAUGAUUAAGGAAAGCCAUUUAAAAUAAAAAUCAUUAUUUUAACGUUGUGCCUUUAUUUGACUCAUAUGUUUACGCCGAGGUCUGCACAAACGAAAAACACAUUUUCUCAAGAUCAGUUGCUAUAAAACAUGUAAUUUGACCACUCAGUUAACCCUACCUAACUUACUUUGUGCAUUAACUUUAGUAAAAAUAAGUAUUUGCGCGAAUAUUAAAUUUGGCUAAGUUAAAAAAGGAACGAUAGGGCUUUAUUUAAUUAACUUUUAUUAUUUUGUUAUUUGGGCUACCAUAUUUCACACAAUUUAGUAUUUUGACAUUUAAUAUUAAACUAUCAUUAAAAUCCGUGAACGAUUGGUAUACAAAUCUCGUACAGUAUCUCCAACGUGACAUGUACGCAGAACAAAAAAAAAAAAAGUCCGCGUAUCAGAUAGGCUUUUAUACUGGCUUCAUUAUGGGCAGCCUUCUAUUCACAGACGAGAGAGCCAAACGCCCGAUCGUGCAUCUUCGGUUUUUUUUUUGUUCAUUGUAAAUAAAUAUGGCGGUGUUGAUAAAAGGAUACUAAUGAUCAAUUAGGUUAGGUUAGCUAUAUUAUAAAUACUUUAAAACAUUGGGGACGGUUGAUUUGGUUAGGAUAGCUAUAUAUAUUAAAGAUACGGGAAAAAACAUGAACUUCGGGUUUUGGCUCUCUCGUCGGUGAAAAAAUGACUGCCACUUCAUUAUUAUUAUUAUUAUUUACUAGUGAAUCUACCUUUACUUAAUCCCAUAGAGUAUGUAUAGGUAUAAAGCACGUUGCGCUCUGCGCACCAUGUCAAUAUUUAUGGUGCUGUUUGGAAGAAAGAAAACAACUUUUUUUUAUAAAGUAUUUGUGGUUAAGAAUUGCGAGCCCAAGAUUGAGAAAUGAAGGUAUUUUUUAAAAUUGUAUAUAUGUUAUAUAUAUUUUGGGAGUUUAUUUAUUUUGGUCAUGUGAUGAAAUGCUAAGAAUGCGUUUUCAGUCAGUUAUAAAAUCAUGUUGGUUUUAUUGUUAUAUUACGAAAUAAAUUUAAUCUUGCUUUUUUUUUUCUCCACAUUAUUGAUACUAAUUGGUCACAUGUCUGUAGGCAUGUUACAUGUUUAUUGACUUACUGCGCAAUUUAACCUGUCUAUUCACUUAAGGUUGUAAACUUGGCGUCAUUUGUAGAAAGUAAAAUUUAUAUUCUUGAUCACACUAAACAAGCACUAAACAAUAGCCCUCCUGACAAGAAACAUGUUCCAGAUGCUAAUGUUCCUAGGAGAUGGUUUCCGUUACAGCUUUUAAAUAAACGGUGUAGUUGGAAUAAUUCGUAAUUGGCAACACUGGGUGACGAACCCGAGUAGUUAAUUUUUUGUCUUUGUGUGACGUGUAUAUUUGGGAAGAUGUUUUAGAAGUUUUAUCUUAUUAUCUCUCAAGAAUGAGUAUACAUUCGAUAGAUCGUGACAAAUUAAAACUAUGGCUUGAAGUUAUCCUGGAACCUCUUACUGAAGCUGACCCCAGUGCUUUAGCAAAAUAUGUAGUUGCACUUAUCAAAGGCAAAGAACAGCUGCAGGAGUUGAGAGAAAGUUUGGCCAAGAAUUUGCACGUAUUUCUUCAAGAUAAAACAAACUGUUUUGUUGAGUAUGUUCUGAAGUUAUUGGACUCUCAGGUCUAUGAAUUGCCACAGUGGGGGACAUUAGUGUCUAGAAGGGAUUCUGUAGGAUUUCCUUGGGAAGGUGAAUUGCAUUUGCCUUUGAACAUAGCACCAAAUAUUUACCAAGAUUCCAGAAGUAGGGGAGGCAUGUCUCCUAUGCACGCUACUCUCGACAAUGUUGGGCAAUCAACCACCAUGGUUCCCACUUCCUCCAAAGUAGACGGUAUGCAGAUAGAAUGUGAGAAAACUCGGUGUACUUUACCUCGUUCUAGUUAUGGGACUGACACCCAUCAUACCACUUUUAGAGAGCGGGAUAAGAGUGGAAGUCAAACCUGGAAAAGUAAAUCUCGAACUAAACAUCACCAUAAAAAUGGAAAGCAAAAUUGUUAUUCACAUCAAAAUAAUUUGAAUGGAUUCUCUUCUGAUCGUUUGAAGUUAGAAUGUUGUACAUCCCAUUCAAAGAAUGUGCCAGCUGGUAAAAGUACUCUAUUUAACAGAAAUUUUUUUACAUCCAUGAACUCUAAAUCAGAUGUUUAUUCUAAUGAACAUAUGUUGAACAGAGAAGUCAGUUGUGACCAAGACAUUCAUAAUGUGAAGAGAGUACAAAGUAUAGUAUCUCCAUGUAAUACAUUUCCUUUAGAGUCCAGUAUUGAAAUGCAUACCAAACCAAAGUGCAAGGAUUUUGAAGAGAAAGGUUAUUGUAUGUUAGGAAAUAUGUGUCUAUAUGACCAUGGAAAUAAUCCUGUAGUUGUUGGAGAUUCAUCUUUUGUUGCUUAUAGCAAUUGUUGUAAUAAUCGUGGGACAUUUAAUGAUGAAACUUCAUCUCUUUUUCGAACAUCAGGAUGUAAACAAGCUGAUUUUAGCAGAAGUUAUAGUUCUAAAAACAUCAGAGGUUUAACUAAGCAACUGGUACCUCAGAACACUUCACAGAAAACUAUGUACUGUUGCAGAGUUUGUGAAAAUUGUAAGAACAAUUGUGUAUUGCAAAUUAAAAACAUUCCUUAUGGUUUAAACUCAAUAAAUCACAUCAGCAACCAUUUUUCAAAAUUUGGAAACAUUGUUGACAUAAAAGUGUGCUUUCAAGAAGAUCCACGAUGUGCUGUUAUCACAUUUUCAUCAUGGUUUGAGGCUAAUACAGCAUUUAAAAGUUCAGAGCCCAUAUUCAAUAAUAGAUUUGUAAAGAUCUUUUGGUAUAAUGCUAAUUGUACUCGGGAAACUGUUUCCCAAAUAGAGCACAUUGAUAGCUCUUCACAGACUUCAAGCAAUUGUCUUCAACCAUUUCCAUCGUCAUGCACAGCUUCGAAUACACACAGAAGAAAGGACAGCAUAUCAAAACUGCAAUCAAUAAAUUACACCACCUCAUCGUUCAAGAAAUGUGGCUCUGCAGAAAAAGUAAACAUUGUCAAAAAUAGUUCAUUCAAGAUUGUGUAUAUUCCAACUCCUUUAAAGAAACUCCAAAUCACAAGAAGGCAUUCAAAAUGGGUUUGCAGCAAAGGUACAUUACGUAAGAAUCAGGAUGAGAAAUUGAAACAAGCUCUAAAAUUAAUGACACACAUGCAGAAAAGUAAACAGCAUCUAAUUAUAAAAAAAAUUGGAAUACAGAAGAAAUCCAUUGGGAAGUUGGAAAAUACAACUCAAUCCAGUAAUGAGAAAGCAGAAAUCAUGUCUGAAAUUAAAUCCUGCGAAGAGAGUAUUUUGAAAUUGCGUAGUGAAGUAUUGUUGUUGAUGGCUAGAAGCCGUAGCUUGUUGAAGUCCCACAGUGAAGUGGGAAGGAUCAAAGAUGAUUUUCAACGUGAACUUUUAGAUGCAGAGUUGGAAUAUUUGGCUGCAGAGAACAGGGGAGAAAACACUGCUGAAAUUAAACACAAAAUGGAAGUACUGAAGAAAUUGGUCCAAUUGCUGGGGUUGUGCAGAUGUGAACCACUUUGAAACAUUAAUCACUGCUUGUUAUUUGGGAACAGUGAUGUUAAUGUUUUUAUUUUUAUAUAAAAUAAUAUAAUGAUGCUAUAAAUUGUAUAUAUAGUACAUGAGAAGUGUCUUGUGAGUUGGUUAAAUUUACAAUGUACAAGAACUGUAAUUUUCACACAUGACUGUUUCUGUGGUCAGGUCAUGUUUUACUGUUCAGGGGAACCACAUUAGACAGUGAUGUAGUUGUUGAAUAGUAAGGUUGAUUACAAAGGAAACAAGCAUCAGUAUUCAUAUUAGAAAAUUAAAAAAAUAUAUUGCAUGGAUAAGUUUUGUCUUAGGUAAAUUAUCACAUUCCCAAGGUGGUUUACACUAAACUAAGUACCUCUUUAAAAAAAAGUAUUAGUACAUAAUUUAGAUAAUAGUGCAAAUAUGAUUGUAAUAAAUAUUAAUUUCGCUAUGUGCAACAAGUAUUUUCAAAGUAGAAAAUUUUUACAAAUAAUUUUGAUUUUAAGUUGUACACCAUUUUUAGUGCUAGAUUUUAAUUAACAGAAUAUUCAGAGUAAUUCUUUAUAUAGACAACAAUAUUUUAUUUUCCCUCCCCAGAAUUUUGUAAAAAAAACAGUGCUUCAUAUAGUCUUAUCCAAGCAAAAUACAUGAACUAUAAUAUUUCUGAAUAUAUGUGUUUGAAAUUAUCAGAAUGCAUAAUAAUAAGUUGCAAAUAAGUCCUGCAAUCCCAUUUCAAGGCAAUUUUGUAAAAACGAUAAAUAUUAAGGUAAGUAUGUAUCGUACAUCAAAAUGGUGUUCUUUAAAACCUUAUUGCCUCUGUAUUGCUGUAUUUACAUACUUUUUUUUUUUAAUUAAAUGGAUAUUUAGUUCAAGUUUCUGCUUGAUAUUUUGUAAAGUUUUCUAACAUUGUGUAUAGAACUGAGCUUUCUAAUUUUAGCCCUUUAAGCCCUCAAAUGUUUACAAAGAAAAGUUUUCUGGUCCCAAUUUUAACAUAAAACAGGUUUUUGAUGGUCUUAUUAUUGUCAAACACAAAGCUAUUAUGGCUAUGUUGAAUGGUAGCCUGAAUAACACUUCAGUAUUGUUUAGGGUAGGGCACAUAAAUGUAACAAACUAUCAGAAAAUUUAUUUGAUGAAUAACACAAUAUUGCAUAAUAUGCUAAAGCUCUCUCAGUAUGAAUAAACUUUGUCAAGCAUCUGCCUCCUGGCUGAUAACAUUGGGACAGAUAAUUAUUGUGCAUGCACAUAGAGAAAAAUACUUGUUCUCAAUGGUUCAUUAAUUUUUCUGUUGCAGCAAAUGUCUGGAGAUAACCUUUAAGAUAGAAUUUUGAAAUUUUUAAAAUGUAUUUAGAAGUAAAAUACUGCCCAAC